CUCCAUGGUGCGCCACGAAUAUGGCAGAUGAUACUAUCGACAAUCGGUUGAGACCGCCUCCUGCGCUCCGACCUCCUGUUGAUACCAGUUUUAUAAAGGUAUCGGCUGAGGAAGUUUGUGAUCCAAACCUCUACUAUCCCAUCCGUUCGAGUAAUCCCGCGAAACGAAUUUUUCGAGGUUAUUGCCUGUUGAUAAACCAAAGGGACUUCAGUCCAUCCACUGGACAAGGACGCCGUGAUGGAACUGAUGUGGAUGCGGAUCGCGUUGAACGUUUAUUCAAGGUACUGGGCUACAAUGUUCAGCGUCAUUUUAACGUCAAUCGGACCGACUUUAUUCGCAUACUCAAUGAAAUGUCGUCACUCGAUCACAGCCAGUUCGACAGUUUCGUGUGCUUCAUACUCAGCCACGGGGAGAAUGGAGUGAUCUAUGCCACAGACGGUGCUGUGCCAUUGGACGUUAUCAUGGCGUUCUUCCGCGGUGACGUGUCUGUCUCGCUCGUUGGUAAACCGAAAUUGUUCUUCAUUCAAGCGUGCCGAGGGAGCGAAUUCGACCGCGGCGCUGCAAUUCCCAUGGUCACAGACGCUGCCGGGGAGAUUAUCGUUACAAAGCUUCCCGUGGAGGCCGAUAUCCUGGUAGCACAAUCCACAGUGCCAGGUUACUUCGCUUGGCGUAACUCCGCAGUUGGGAGUUGGUUCAUACAAGAACUUUGCAGAACGUUGGAACAGGAUACCCAGCGCAAGCCCAUACGAGAUGUCCUCAGCUUGCUCACCGUGGUGGCCCGUUGCGUUGCAUACCAAUACCGAUCCAACACAGGUCAAAUGGGCUCUCAUAAUAUGGUUCAGAUGACAUGUUUCACAUCUACCCUGACACGUUUGGUCUAUUUGACUGGGAACCCAGGUGUUUGAUGCUCCAUUUCGCACACAAUCAUGGAGCUCACAAUCUCCGCUACCUGUUUUCAUUCUCUGUUUGAUCCAGACUAUAUGAUGGAGGCUUUAACUCCUAUAGACCAUUCCACCUAUUUGAUACUUUACUCCGAAUAGCGCCCCCUGUCUCUUUUCGCUCAACAGUAUUUGUAACUACUUUCAUGCUCUAGGCACGCCUGUCAAGAAGAUUAUGAUUACGUCAAGCCAAGAACCUCAUUGAGAACUUCCUGAUGUGACCUGAUGCUCAAGUUUCUUACCUGGGUAUUGCAGAUAGGUAUUGCUGGAAUAGAAGCUCAUAUUCGAAAUUUAAAUGGGAUUGAGGCUAAUUUAGUCCUAAAAGUUUUAUACAGCUUAUUGGCCAUUUUUAGUGAUAACUGUUACAUACACUCGAGUGCCUGGUACUUGAAAACGGGUGGGUUUAUCGAUUCAGAUUCACUUUGUUCUCGUAUCAGGUAGAGUUAUCACAUCUAAAUUAUCGUGUAAACGGAUAAAACCUCUAUUCCUACCGAUUACCAUACUUAAAGUCAUGCAUUCGAUGGUACCUGAAGCUAACGUUACUUAUGUGCUUCGGUCUGAAGAUUUCUCAUUAUCACCGCUGGUUUACCGCUCAUUUAUGUCAACGUUAGGCAACCACAUGAGCAACAACCAAGCGAAUAUUAUGAGGAUUUUGUGAGUUUCAAAU